UAGGGUUUUGUGUCACCAGCCUCAGCAGAAGCAGAACGAGGAGAAGCAGAAGGAGCAAAAGCAAUGGCGCCGAAGAAGCCGAGAACCACGACAAGGAAUCCUGAUUUGGUUAGGGGGAUUGGCAAGUAUUCCAGGUCGCAGAUGUACCACAAGAGGGGCAUCUGGGCCAUCAAGGCCAAAAACGGUGGCGUUUUGCCCCGCCACGAUCCCAAGCCCAAGCCCGAGGCCCCGGCCCAGAAGCCGCCCAAGUUCUACCCCGCGGACGAUGUUAAGAAGCCCCUCGUCAACAAGCACAAGCCCAAACCCGCGAAACUCAGGGCUAGCAUUACUCCAGGGACUGUGUUGAUCCUGCUUGCUGGGAGGUUCAAGGGAAAGAGGGUUGUUUUCCUGAAGCAGCUCCCAUCUGGAUUGCUUCUUGUAACUGGUCCCUUUAAGAUCAAUGGGGUUCCUCUCAGAAGGGUGAACCAAUCGUAUGUCAUUGGUACAUCCACAAAGGUGGACAUCUCUGGUGUUAAUGUUGAUAAAUUUGAUGACAAGUACUUUGCCAAGGAAGCCAAGAAAAAGAAAACAAAGGGCGAAGGCGAGUUCUUCGAGGCAGAGAAGGAGGAGAAAAAUGUGCUUCCCCAAGAAAAGAAAGAUGACCAAAAAACCGUGGACACUACUCUGUUAAAGGCCAUUGAGAGUGUUCCAGACCUCAAGUCUUACUUGGGUGCUAGGUUUUCUUUGAAGGCCGGAGUGAAGCCCCAUGAGCUAGUCUUCUAGAGUGCUAAAUUUAUUUUCUUCAUUCUGUUUUUGUCGAAGCUUGGUCCCAAUAGUUGUACUGUUUUUUCAUCAUGAUAAUGAACAUUGUUCAAGAGUUUUUUAUUCCAGUUUUGGUUCUAGUAAUUUUAUACUUCUAUAAUUCUACUAAAAAUGAAGUAACAUUGAUAUGCCAGUUCCUUAUACAUUAUUGAUAAUCGAAUGUGACGUUAUCUGAGUGUUA